GAAUUAAUGGACUUAAGCCGGAUAUCUAUUCUCGAGAAGAAGACCACGGAAUUUUCUGUUCCGAAAUCAAUCGCCUGCGCCAUGUCUUCCUCGUUGCUCGAAACCAUAGACCUGGCUCAUCUGCCACCUUCGAUGCCGGUAUAUGUCGCACUCUACCGGGACGUCAAAAAUGCUGCUUCUCUCCGACAACAGCUGAUCUCAGGCAACGCGGACUUUGAGUAUGCUUUUAUUGAUGCGAGCAUGGUUCUUUCCAGAGCUCAUGCACUGUCCGCCGUCUUUCGAGCUGUAAAUGACUCCAUCAAUGGACGUCUUAAGUCUCGCAACGUUCACUCAGAGAUUGUCUUCUCAUUCAGCCCAGCGAACAACAUCGCUGAAUCUUUCCGAAAAUUUGGUAUCGCGGACUCCACCAAAGACCUGCUAGUGAUCAAGGUCUCGACAACGCCGGAAAUUACACACGACUCAGUGGCAGCCCAUCUCUCCCAGCACGUGGAAGGUUCGGUCGUGCCAUUUGACGACGAUACCCUGUCAAAUAUCGCCGAUGUGACGAAGAUCAAGAAGGCUUAUAAGUUGGGCGCACUGAAAACUCCUCCUCCCACUCAACCGAACGGCACACACGAUGAUGGCACAAAGCAACUUGAACUUUCUGUCUUGGGAGCGAUUGCGUUGCGCGGGGCCACUUGAUUGGCAACCUAGCAUUUGAGAUACGUCUCUCGCCUAUCAUCAGUGAUGAAAAUCAUCAGCCUUGUGGGGACAGCCAUUCGCUGCUUCGCGCCUUUCGCGCUCCCAAUUGCAUGCCGAGUCUUCAUGAAGCUUACCCAGCCAGGCUUGGCUUAGGGCUGAAGGCUUAUUCCGAGAGAUACUUCUUCCGUUCGCGGAGAAAUCUCCAAGCGCAAAUGUUGUAGUAAAGACGAUAGAAGCUGACCUGGGAUCUCUGUUUGGGAAAUCCAACCGAAGGUUGUCCGGAGCCGCAGUACCAUUUCCAUACUUCCUGCAGGGCAAGGAACUGACAUAGAUACAACCAUAUAU